GUUGCGUGGAGAGGCAGACCAUAACAAGUGAUGUCAUAAUCGUGGGAAAAUCGAACCAGAUAGAUAUGUCGUUCUUCAGGAGACCUCUUCAUUAUGUAUUCAAAAUCGCCGAUCGCAAGGCUACCAUGGAUUUUUAUAUGAAAAUUCUCGGCAUGCGUGUGUUGCGACAUGAGGAAUUCGAGGAGGGUUGCAAGGCGGCCUGCAACGGCAGAUACGAUGGUCGUUGGAGCAAAACCAUGAUCGGUUACGGAUCAGAAGAUUCGCAUUUCGUCCUGGAGUUGACGUACAAUUACGGGAUUCCGAAAUACAGGCGGGGCAAUGAGUUCCACGGUAUCGUCAUCCAAGGGGAGGAUAUCGUUGAAAGAGCGAAAGCUGCCCAAUAUCCAGUCGAUGAGGAUGACCACGGACAGACCUUUUUGGAAGCCCCUGGCGGGUAUCGUUUCUAUAUUCGAUGUGCUCCAUCAGAGGGUGAUCCGGUGAAACAGGUCAUCUAUAAUAGCUCCUGUAUUGAACAGACAGAGCGCUUCUGGAGGAAUGUCCUCGAUCAGCCCGUAGAGAAGGGAGAAAACUCUAUCGAGGUCUCCACUUGUCUCGAAGGUUUCACUCUCAAGUUUCAAAAGCUUCCAUCUUCCCUCGAUCGAGGGGAAGCGUUCGGUCGAAUCGCGUUCUCCUGUCCAAAACAGAGUAUACCGGAAAUCGAGAGUGCAGUGAAAGCGGCGGGGCUUGGGUCAAUUAUCACUCCCCUAAUCAGUCUCGACACUCCUGGAAAAGCGACGGUACAAGUUGUCAUCGUUGGCGAUCCAGAUGGUCACGAAAUCUGCUUCGUCGGAGAUGAAGCCUAUCGGGAGCUUUCGCAAGCAGACCCCGGCUCUGAACAGGUCCUGUGGAAGAAAGUCGAGGAGUUCGAAGGCUGGAAGUCUUCCGGCACACGCUUCUAGUGCUUCAUCGAGGACCUUGGGAACGCUGAACGCGAUACUCACAUCCUGAGUAAAUGCUGGAGCUCUUCAAUCCAUAAUCGCUGGCGAUUGAUCGGAUAUCCCUUCGAUUCAUCAGCUGCAAUUUUCCCCACCAAGUGUUCAAAGUCGAUAAUGAGAUCUGAAGGCUCGCGAGCCCGAGGGGCCUGAGAGUCAAUGGCGUGUUCGAUCAUGAUCCGUCGAUGUUAUUUUUCCCAAGAACGCUUCUUCCUUUCUCUCUUUUUCUUAU